ACGACCGGCCCCGUUCCGCACAUCGUAUUCAAUACAACUUGCUCGGUCAAACAUGGCGUCGUUUCGUAAAUUCCACGGUUUCAAUCCUCUACAAACAAAACUCCCAAACACCCCUAUACCUCAACAAUCACAACCUUUCAUUCAUUUUAUUAUCUUAACAACAAAACCUUUCAUCCAUUCACUCACAACUACCCACGAUAAUUCUCUACACCGUCACAUACGCAAUCAUCUGAUAUUUUUCUCAUGUUCGCAUGAGCCUGCAAAAACAAUUGUCAAAAUUCUCUCUCUCUCUAUCUCUUUGGAACCUUCCUUCUGUGUGAAAACCUAACCAUGAUUAAAUUCCCACCCAAUAUUUAAUUGGGUUCUGAUUGAUUUUUGGUUUUGGGUUUACCUUCAAUCAUUCAAAGUUUGAAGGAACAAUAACAAGAGGAAGAGUUUCAAUUUGGGAUUAGGGUUAAGUUUAAGGUUAAGGGUUUCCACUUUUGUUAUCAAAAUCCUGUCUUUUUUUUUCUGGGUACUGUGAAAUUCAUGCAAAUUUUGGGUUUUUUGAAUUGUACCUAAAUCAAAUCGGAGAAAAAAUUUGAUUUUUUCUUCUGGGUGUGUGAGAAAAUGGAUUUGGGGAUUUCUGAUGAGAUGUUAGGGACUUUUGCUCCACUUUUAGUUUAUUGGAUUUAUUCUGGUUUUUAUGUUGUUUUGGGUUUCUUUGCUGAAGAUUAUAGGUUACAUACAAAACAAGAUGAGGAUGAAAAGAAUUUGGUUUCUAAGUUUGAUGUUGUUAAAGGAGUUCUCCUUCAACAAGCAGUUCAAGCUGUUGUUGCAACUCUCUUGUUUGCAGUGACAGGAAGUGAUAGCCAAAAUAGUACCGAUGAGAAUGCUUCUCUCCUUGUUUUAGCAAGACAAUUUAUUACUGCUAUGUUGGUAAUGGACACAUGGCAAUACUUUAUGCACAGAUACAUGCAUCAAAACAAGUUCCUAUACAAACACAUCCACUCUCUACAUCACAGACUCAUCGUUCCUUAUUCGUUUGGAGCUUUGUACAAUCAUCCCAUUGAGGGGCUUCUUAAUGACACAAUCGGUGGAGCUUUAUCUUUCCUCCUCUCUGGUAUGAGCCCUCGAGCAUCCAUCUUCUUCUUCUCCUUUGCGACAAUUAAAACCGUGGACGAUCACUGUGGGUUAUGGCUCCCGGGAAACGUGUUCCAUAUGUUUUUCAGUAAUAAUUCUGCUUACCACGACGUACACCAUCAGCUCUAUGGUAACAAGUACAACUUCUCGCAACCGUUCUUUGUUAUGUGGGACAAAAUCUUGGGUACCUACAUGCCAUACUCAUUGGAGAAGAGGCCAAGUGGUGGUUUUGAAUCUAGACCUUGUAAAGUUUACAAGGAUGAAUGAGUAAUUAAUCUUUUUUGCUUGAUGAGAGUAUUCUUUGUGUACUAGUAUUGUUUUUUUCCACGUUUUGAUGACGAGCACCACUACAUUAAUGAGAGUAAUCAUGCCUGUGUAUAUACAUAUGAUGUGUCCUAUUCUAUAUUUUUGUUUCCCUUAUGUUCAUACUAGAUAGUUUGAAUAAGGAAUAUUGUGGAGGAACCGAUUACAAUGUGAUUUUUGCUCUUGUAUUGCUGGCUGCUACAGCAGUUACCUUGUAUCUUUGAUAUCUUACAUUGUUUAACUUGCUUAUGCUUAUGCAUGCAA